AUGAUCGCCCCCGGCGACCUCAUCUGUGUGGUCAACGGCGUGAGGGGCACCGACGGCAUGAUGGCUGUCCUGAGGAACGCCGACGUCCUGGAAUUCGAAAUCGAGUUCAUGAAGUCGACUGGCACUUAUGCCUGCGAUUUCCCUGAGCUCCGCGAGGAUCUGAAGCAGGCGCUGCCCGAGUACGAGGUGAGCUGGUCCAAGGUCACGACCGCGGUCCUGAAGUCCAAGCAGGCUGGCGGGUUCCUGACGAAGGGCCCUCAGUACUCCUUCGAGGUGAAUCUGCUGCGCACGGGUAUGCUCGAGCUGACCAACCUGGCACCCAAAACGAAGAGCGCGAAGCACCAGAAGGAGUUCGUCCGUGUCUCCGCCCUGGUGGCGGAUGUCGGGUCGCGGGAGGUGCGCAGGCGCCAGGGCGAGGAGGACGACGAGUCGGAGCAGGACGACGAGUUCGAGCAGGACGACGCGUUCGUUGUCGACGGAGAGGAGGUGGUCGGCACGCCGGCCGCGGGCGUCGGGACGCCCGCCACGACGCCCCAGCACCGCAAGGCCGAGGCCGCCGUGGCGUCGCCGGCGGGGCCGCUGGCGCCGCCGCCGCCGCCGGCUGGGAUCUUCGGCUGGAGCCCGCAACGUGCGGCGCCGGCGUCCGGCGGGCAGUUCUCCUUCGUGGGCGCAGUGGGCAGCAAGCCAGGAUCACGCCCGAAUGGGAAGUUCACCAGCUCUAUGAAGGCCCUCUCCGAGUCCUACAAGAAGGGCGACCUCUCGGAGGUCCUGGCGGAGCAGGACCCACCUCCCGCAGACGGUGAAACGAGUACGCCGUGGAGCUUCACGUUCUUGCCCGUCGAUCUGCUCAUCAUUUCAUGGGCGAGCGUGGCCGAAGUGAAGGUGUUCAUAGCCCCGGAGUCAAGAACGAACUCAAUACUCGCAACCACCGCGCGCCUGAUACUCCCCGGGCUUCUGAUGUUCUACAUGGUCACCGAGCAGCUCAAGUCUACUCGCCAGUGCCUCUUCGAGGAUAUCUCCAGCGUCGUCUCCACCACUGUUGAGGACAAGGUUGCCAGCCUUGCCGCCGCCCUGGACGAGCAGGUGACGAUGUGCUUCGUCCUCGUCAAGACGAAGUCUCCGAGCCGCCCCUCGCCCUCGGCGAGCUCGUGCGCGACGGCGGCCCUGGCUCGACUCACCAUGCAGCCGGGCGCCUUCGACAACUGCGUCGCCGUGCCCGUCAGGGCCUGCCACCUCUUCGGCGGCACGAGUGCCGACCAGGCCCGCGCGCGCGCCUAG